CAGACAUUCAGUGUUUGGCUUUAGCCCAAGACAGCAGCAGUAAAUCAAAAUCAUCCAACCAACAAUGGCAGCAAAGAUUGUUAUCGCUUUGGCUCUGUUCGCCGUGGCCCAUGGCGCCAUCCUGCGGACUGCUGCUCCUGUGGCUGUGGCUCCUGCUCCCGUGCCUGUGUUGGCCAAGACCGUUGAGCUUGAGGAGGUUGACCCGCAUCCCCAGUAUUCGUACAGUUACGACGUUCAGGACACUCUCUCUGGCGACAACAAGGGACACGUGGAGGAGCGUGAUGGAGAUAUCGUCCGCGGAGAGUACUCCCUGAUCGAUGCCGAUGGCUUCAAGCGUACCGUGACCUACACCGCCGAUCCCGUCAACGGAUUCAACGCAGUCGUCCGCCGUGAGCCCCUCGCCGCCGUUGUUGCCGCUGAGCCGGUGGUGAAGGUUGCCGCUCCCCUGGUCAAGGCCGCCGCUCCUAUCGCCCUGGCUGCCCCAGCUCCCAUUGUCCGCUCUGCCCCCGUGGCCGUCGCUGCUCCUCUGAUCAAGUCCGCUCCCCUGGCAGUUGCUACUCCCUUCGUCCGCUCCGCCCCUCUGGCAGUAGCUGCUCCCGCUCCAGUCCUCCGUACCGCUGCUUAUGCCGCGCCCCUGCGGUACACCGCCCCCGCAUACACCGUUGCCAACUUAGCCAUGGCCUUCAAGUUCUUUGCUGUUCUUGCCCUCAUCUCGGCUGCCAGUGCCGGAGUCCUGCCCGUCCAACAGGUGUACCACGCCGCCCCCGCCGUGGCCACCUACGCCCACGCUCCAGUGGCCGUCGCUCAUGCCCAGCCCGUUCUGGCCAAGGCCGCCGAGGAGUACGACCCCCAUCCCCAGUACAAGUACGCCUACGAUGUCCAAGAUGCCCUCUCCGGGGACUCCAAGAGCCAGGUGGAGGAGCGUGAUGGAGAUGUGGUCCGCGGCGAGUACUCCCUGAUCGACGCCGAUGGCUUCAAGCGCAUUGUUCAGUACACCUCCGACCCGGUCAACGGAUUCAACGCCGUCGUCAACCGCGUGCCCCUGGAUCAUGUCAAGACCGUGGUGAAGACCGUGGCUCCUGUGGCUCUGCCCGUUGCUGCUGCCCCAAUCCCAGUGGCCUACCAUCAGCACCACUAAGGUGAGAGAUUCUCUGAUCUGUGGAAUCUUUUGUGGAUCAAUAAAUUGUUGAAUAUUUGUAAGCUCA